AUGACAAGACUUCAAAUAGACUUGAUUGACAUGCGUACACGUCCAGAUGCAAUUUCAAGUGAUGCUGUUUUCCAGUAUAUUCUGAAUUGUAUCGAUCAUUUUUCAAAGUUUGCUUGGACAUUUGCUUUAAAAAAUAAAUCAACCGUUGAAGUGGCAAAAUGUAUCCGAGACUUUGUUGCGAAUGUGAUUGUUGAACUAAAAGUUUUGUUUCCAUUAAUGUGUUUCGUUUGCGGCAGGCCACGUCAUCCGCAGCCACAAGGUUGUGUCGAAAGACCAAAUGGUAUAUUGACAAGUGUGUUAGGAAAAUGGAUGUCUGAUGAGAAUUCGAGUCAUUGGUCUUUGUCUGUUGUAUAUGGAAUUAAUACUCGGAUGUCAUCAACUACAAAGUUUAGACCGUAUGAAGAUGAAGAACAACUGCCAACGCCUAUUGAAGAUAGUCUUGAUCAGACGAAUGUUGGAGAUAGCAACACAAAUUCAUCAGCUAUUAUCGAAAACGUGCCUUAUGCUUUAUAUCCAGAUGAUCCACAAUUAGAUGAUACUACUUCUGUUGCUGCAUGUCUUUUAGGUCUUUCAUCUACCUAUGUUUGCACUGCUCCUGUUCUUAAACCUUCAUUUUUCAUUGAUAAUCUCAUUUCUUUUGAUUCUCCACCUUCAAAAAAUGUUUCACAUGUUUUGUUGGUACUACCUCGUGUAAUAGUUUUAGAUAAUUUUGUUCGUGGUUUUUUGCUAUCCACACAUUUCUUUCUAAAUUGUCAACUAUGGGAUGAAGUGAUCGAACCGCAUCUUCGAGUGACAUUAAUUUCAUAUAGUGACGAUACUGUUGAGAAAAAGGGAUCAGGUCUAUUGUUCAAAGUUCGUGAUGGUAACUGUUUAGUGUGUGCAUCAACAACCCAAUUGUGCAAUAUAUCGAAAAACUGCACACAUCCUUCUCAAUGUUGUUUACCGUGUAUUAAACGCACAAUAAUCGGCGAAAUAACAUCAAAAGGUCGACAUCGUUUUGUUUGUUGUGCACGUUCAUGUAAAAUUGAGUAUGAUCCUAAUGAAUAUUUUCAUUUACUUGAGCGUAAAGAAACGGAGUUAGUUGAUAAUCUUUUGUUAAAUUCUCUAUUGGAACAAAAUGAUGAAUUUCGUUGGUGUAAAAAUCCGAAAGGCUGUGGUGCCGGUCAGUUGGUAUCAAAUUACCAAGAUCUGCUUGGAUAUUAUGCGUGUUAUAAAUGUCAUCAACAUUUGUGUUUUCGUCAUUCAAUACUGUGGCAUCAAGGUUAUACGUGUGAUGAAUUCGACACUGAAAUGGAGAACAAUCCAGAUUUAGCAUCAGAUCGUUAUGUACUAGAAUUUUCAAAACAAUGUCCAAAUCCAAAAUGUAAAACACCCAUAUCAAAAUUGGAAGGAUGUGAUGUGAUGACCUGUUGUCGAUAUGGAACUCAUGAAUGCACAGAUAAUGAACGUCAAUUUGGAAAAUGUGAUCAUGGUGGAAAAAAUUAUUGUGGUCAUAGAUUUUGUUGGAAAUGUUUGGGAACAAUUAAUAUUGAUAAAAAGGGCAAAUAUAUUCGUCAUUGCAAUGCAAAUUGUGAAUAUGUAACAUUAAAUAAUUGA